UUUUUAAAGUAAAUUUGGACAUAAAUGGAUGCGAAUUUGAAAGCAAAUAGACUGAUUACUAAGAAAGAGCAGCAACACUUCUUCAUCCUGGCUGACGCUAAGCUUCAGAACCUUGAUAUUGGAGAGGAGCUACUCGAGGUUUUGGACAAUCUUUCUAUUGGAUAUAAGUUCAGUGACCGCACUUUUGAUAAUACCUUGGUCUGGAUCUCAGCCAAAGGUAGCGAGCCCAGGAAAGUAGAGUAUGAAAGUGAAGUAUGAAUGGUCUACUAUAAUGCAGCCACUUUUGAGAAAGACUAUCUGGAAGGCAAGGUGAGGAAAGAUCUUAAAAUGAUAAAGUCAUUUUACCCGCACAAAGGUACAAAAACACUGGUCGUUCUCCAGUCAGUAGGAGACUCUUUACUCAACAACCCUGAUAUCACAAGUAAGAUGUACCAAGAAUUCUUAGUCGAGCUUACUGUCGCAUUUGAAUUUGAUUUCAUUGAGCUGAAGAAUAUGGAAGAAUUCUUUACACUUGUCAACAACAUCCAAGAAUGUCUUGAGAAAAAGUCUGGAAGAAAAGAAUUCUUGAUGGAAGGCACGUACAUAGCAGCCAAAGGAGCCAAAUACUCCAAGAAGGCAUAUUGUGAAGGAUUCGAGGAUAUUUUCUCUAAGUAUUGGAUAGGUAUGAUCAUGAGCAUCCCAGGUGUCAGUGAAGCGAAAGCCAUUGCUAUUGCCAAGAAAUAUCCCAAUUUUAAAAAUUUAGUCAAGGAAUAUAACAGGAAAGACAUCCCUGAAUCUGAGAAGAAGUUAAUACUAUGUAAAAUAGAAGUGCCUUCACAAUACGGAGAAGGGAAAACUCAGAAGAUAGGGAAGAAGAUCUCUGAGAAGAUUUAUGAAUGCUUUUCUUGAACAGACCCAAAAAUGCAAAUAGAGUAA